UGCGCAUGGCUGGAAAUACGGAAGUAUCUGACCACGCUGUUUUGUUUUGAUUUUACAGAAGUCGAGUUGUCAAUAUUGUGUGAGCGAUCGUCGACAGUAACUCGUUAAUCAUGGGAAGAAUAGGGAAACCACAGAAGAGUAGGAAGCACAAGAAAGUAAAGCCGCUAGAUCCAAUAAAACAAGUGGAAAGUGAAGCACGUAAAGGUCAGCACAACCAGAAACCUAGAAAUGUGGACCAGGAAAUCCCCAAGAAGGCCAUUUUGUUGGGAGCCUCCAUAAAACGUCAUGCCUCGCAGAAGCAACAUGCAGGUGUCAACAAAAAGAGGAAGAAGAAGUGUGAGUUUAACAUCAGUGACCCAGAAACCAGAAAUACAUCAGGGAAGAAAGGUCAAUCCAGUUUCAACAAAUCAACCAUGAAAACAGUAGAUGAUGAAGACAUCGUAGACAAGUUUAUGUUUCACAGAAGCGGAGAUAUCAAUCCUUCAAUAACAAAAAGAGCAGAAAAAAUGAAAAUGAGAUCAAAAGAGCACAAGCAGAAACACAAAGAGAAGAAGAAAGAAAAAGACAGAGAAAAAGAACGAGACUUCAGCCAGUUCAAAGAUGAUGUACAGUUUGGGGAUAUAGUUCAUGCUCCCCCAAGCCUGUCUGUCCUCCCAUGCAAAGCACACACAGAACAAGGAAUUCCUAGGCCAGGAAAGAAGUCCCUGUUGCUGAAAGAGGUCUUCACAAGCAACUCCAGCUACAGUCAACAGACCCCCCCCGGUGGCCAGGGGGGACGGCGUGAGUUGGGGCAGACUGUCAAGAGGAAAAACCUCUCUAUGGCACAGCAACACAUUAUGGAUCAUGAGAGGGAGAAAGCUGUACAGCUCUAUAGGGAAUUGAAAGAUAAAAAGAUGAAAAGAUUUAACUGAAA